AUUUGCACACAUUUGUGCAUAAGUGAUAGUUUUACCUGCAACCGGCACCUCUAUCUAAAUAUCAAUGGACUUUUUACUCAGAUAAAGCUCUCUUUUAUUUCACAUUUUUGCUUGUAACCCAUUUUUUUCAUCAACCAAACAAUUACAGAGCCGAAUUGAAAGAAACAAACAUGAAAGCAGUGGUGAUAACAACAGCAGGUGGCCCAGAGGUGCUGCAAUUGCAACAAGUAAAUGAACCAGAGAUCAAAGACGAUGAAAUCCUCAUCAAGGUAGAAGCCACCGCAUUGAACCGGGCCGAUACUUUCCAAAGGAACGGUUCCUACCCUCCUCCAAAGGGUGCAAGUCCUUAUCUUGGUCUUGAAUGUUCUGGCACAAUCCAAGCUAUUGGCAAGGAUGUUUCUCGCUGGAAAGUUGGAGAUCAGGUCUGUGCUCUUCUUAAUGGAGGUGGAUAUGCUGAGAAAGUGGCGGUUCAUGGUGGACAUGUACUACCAAUUCCGCCUGGUGUUUCACUCAAAGAUGCUGCUGGUUUACCUGAAGUUGCUUGUACUGUUUGGUCCACUGUUUUUAUGAUGAGUCGCUUAUCUGCUGGGGAGACUUUCCUGGUCCAUGGCGGUUCUAGUGGAAUUGGCACUUUUGCAAUUCAGAUAGCUAAGAACAAAGGAGCAACAGUAUUGGUUACAGCAGGGAGUGAAGAAAAAUUGGCUUUCUGCAAGAAACUUGGAGCUGAUGUGUGCAUCAAUUACAAGAGAGAGGACUUUGUUGCACGUGCUAAGGAAGAAACUGGAGGGAAGGGUGUUGAUGUAAUUCUGGAUUGCAUUGGAGCAUCCUACCUUCAACAAAACCUUGACAGCUUAAAUUUUGAUGGAAGGCUUUUUAUUAUUGGCUUCCAGGGUGGAGCAGUCACUGAAAUUAAACUAAAUACUUUACUUCCAAAGCGCCUCACGGUGCAAGGAGCUGCUUUGCGACCAAGAAGUACCGAAAACAAAGCAAUGGUUGUCACUGAAGUGGAGAAGAAUGUUUGGCCUGCAGUUGCAGCAGGCAAGGUGAAGCCUAUCAUUUACAAAUCUUUUCCCUUAUCCGAGGCUGGGGAGGCUCAUCGGCUCAUGGAAAGUAGUGCACAUAUCGGGAAGAUACUACUUGUUCCAUGAUUGCUGGUAAGGGCCUUGUCUUCUAGAGGGGAAAUGGUUUGUAUUUUAUGAUAAAAUGAGACACUUAUGAAUCAUGUAUAUGAAGUUUAUUUUGCCUGAUGUCCUUGUGGCCUAAUUUAAUCUUUUACCAAAAUAAAAAUCAUGCAAAAGUCAAAAA